GGCUCACGUUCGAUCGAUGACGCAGCGCGCAGCCGCCGGGAGAAGUUUUUGAAAAUAAACGUGAUACUUUUUAUUUCUCCUAAACGUUAAAUAUCAGCGUCGUUUCAUCGCCAUUUUUUUGGGCAGUUUUUUUUCCACGUCAAAAAACAAAAAGCCCAAUUUCUUCCAACGAGGAGUUUACCUGAGAAACGCGACGAAGAAGAAGAAGAAGAAGAAGAAGCUUUAAUCUCCAGGCGGCGAUGUCCUCUCCAGGAGACGCAGCGGCGGCCGUGACGCUGUCCGCCCUGGCGGCCGCCGUGUCCGCCGCCAUGGCGACCGCCAACGCCGUGGACGCCAAGGCGGACCUCACGGCGCUGCUCGACCAAUGGGAGGAGACGCAGCAGGGCACCUCCGAGCAGCUGGUGUCCGUCCUGACCAGGAUAUCCGAGCUGAUCGAGCGGGAGACGGGAGAGUAUCACAAAGCCGACCCCGAUCCGUUUGACGACCGUCAUCCAGGGCGAGCGGACCCAGACUGCAUGCUGGGACAACUCCUGAAGAUGCUCUUCAUGAACGAUGACUUCACCAACGCACCUCCGCAGCUGCUCGCCAUCUUCAUGCAGCUGGACACGCGGUCGCUGCUGAUGAACUACAUCGACCUCAGAAAGACCAAAAACGUCCAGCUCACCUUCGACGCCCUGCUGUAUCUCUCCUCGAUGCUCCUGCACAAGAAGUUUGCGGCGGAGUUCAUCACUCACGGAGGAGUGCAGAAACUUCUGGAGAUCCCCAGACCUUCGAUGGCAGCAACUGGGGUUUCCCUCUGCUUGUACUACCUGGCGUACAAUCAGGACGCCAUGGAGAGGGUGUGCACUCUCCCAAAUGGCGUGCUGUCUGACAUGGUGUCCUACGCUCUGUGGCUGCUCGAGUCGUCCCAUGCGUCGGGCGUCUGCCACGCCACCAUGUUCUUCUCCAUCUCCUUCUCCUUCAGGGCGGUGCUGCAGCUCUUCGACCACCAGGACGGCCUGCGCAGGCUCGUCAACUUAGUCAGUACUUUGCAGAUCCUUAACACGGAGAACGAGGUGUCCGUAAUGAGUGAUGACCAAGUGUUUGCCAACCGACAGACAGCCAAACACACCUGCAUGGCCCUGCGCAGGUACUUUGAGGCUCACCUGGCGGUGAAGGUGGAGCAGGUCAAACAGUCUCUGCACACGUCGGACGGAGGUACCAGCGUGCCACAGCAGCCAUUUUUCAAGGCGUAUACGUACACCAGAGAGCAGGUCAUUGAGAUGAUGGAGUUCCUGAUCGAGUGUGGACCUCCUCAGAUCUACUGGGAACCAGUCGAGGUUUUCCACAAGAUGUCCUGUGUCCCUUUAAUGCUGCAGCUCAUAUCUACGGCCUGCGACUGGAGGACUUACUACGGCAGUGAAUACUUUUGCAAGCCACUGUAUAAGAUGGGGGGGUGUCACGGAGCGUCCCACACUCCCGUCUCGGUCUGUCUCCCCCAGGUGCUUCUGUCCCUGCUGUCGGUGAAGAUGCCCAUCACCGACGCCGACCUGAUCCGGGCGCUGGCCUGCAAGGCUCUGGUCGGACUCUCUCGCAGCUCAGCCAUCAGACAAAUCAUCAGCAAACUGCCGCUCUUCACCAGCAGCCACAUUCAACAGCUGAUGAAGGAGCCACUGCUGCAGGACAAACGAAGCGAGCACGUGCGUUUCUGCCGAUACGCCGCCGAUCUGACCGAGCGGGUGUCGGGCAAGCCUCUCCUCAUGGGCACCGACGUCUCAUUGGCUCGUCUGCAGAGGGCCAACGUGGUCGCCCAAUCACGCAUCACCUUCCCCGAGAAGGAGCUCCUCAUGCUGAUCAGAAACCACCUGGUGGCCAAAGGGCUCCACGACACGGCCAACACACUCGUUAAAGAGGCCAACCUCUCCGUGACGUCCCUCUGUCCCAACUCCUCCUCCUGCGUCACCCCGCCCCCCCCAUCCUCCGCCGUGAUGAUUCCCAGGACUUGCCGGUCCGCCGGCGGGAUGGCGGCUCGUGUCGGCGGCCACGUCGGAUCCUCUCCAGCGUCCUCGGCUGCCGCGGCGUCCUCCUCCACUCCCUCGUCCUCUCGUUCCCUCGCCGGUCCUCACCCCUCGUGCUCCUCCUCGUCCACCCCCCUCCUCCCUCCGGCUCCUUCUACUCCUUCUACUCCCUCUCUUCCUCCCCCUCAUCCCGCCGCUCACGGCUCUCAUCUGGUCGGGCGGAUUUUGUUCACGCGGGAACGCCCCGCGGCCCCGUGCACCUCAGGGAAAAAACUCAAAGCGCUGAAACAGAAGUCUGACCACGGAGCUUUCAUACAGGUCAGUGUCCAUAGCUUCUCGUGGUGUAUGAACUGGUGUUUUGCUUUCUGUCCCAGGAACUCGUUUGUAGACGACCACUACGUCGAGUUCAGUAAACACACUCAGGACCGAGUCAUCGGCACCAAGGACCAGAUCGCACACAUCUACGACAUCCAGACGGGUCAGAAGAUUCUGACCCUGAACGACACCGCCCUGGCCAACAACUACAAGAGGAACUGUGCCACCUUCAACCCCACCGACGACCUGGUGCUGAAUGACGGGGUGCUGUGGGACGUCCGGGCGUCGCAGGCCAUCCACAAGUUUGACAAGUUCAACAUGAACAUCAGCGGCGUUUUCCAUCCCAACGGCCUGGAGGUCAUCAUCAACACCGAGAUUUGGGACCUGAGGACCUUCCACCUGCUGCACACGGUCCCGGCCCUGGACCAGUGCCGGCUGGUCUUCAACAGCAACGCCACCAUCAUGUAUGGAGCAAUGCUCCAAGCCGAUGAGGAGGAUGACGCUAUGGACCAGCAGAUGAAGAGUCCCUUCGGUUCAUCCUUCAGAACCUUCGAUGCGACCGAGUACAAGCCCAUCGCCACAGUGGACGUCAAGAGGAACAUCUUUGACCUGUGCACCGACACCAAAGACUGCUACCUGGCUGUCAUUGAGAACCAGGACACGGUGAGCUUGGACACGGUUUGUCGUCUGUAUGAAGUCGGACGACAGAAACUGGCAGAAGAAGGAGACGACGACGAUGAUCAGGAUGAUGAAGACCAGGAUGAAGAUGACUCCUCGGACACGGAUGAUGACGACGACGACGAUGAUGAUAUGGAGACGGACCCGCUGUUAGAGGAACUGGCCAAUAACGACGACCCGGAAAACGAUGACUCCGCCCCCUCCCCCACAGAGGAAGAGGUUGCAGAUCUUCUCGGCAGCGACACCAGCGACGACAACAGUGACGACGACGAUGACGACGACGACUCGGCAGACUCAGAACAUUCAAACAGAAGCGACGACGGAUGGGACUCGAUGUACUACCCAGAACAGUCAGAUGAUGAGACUGAGAUGUUUCGGGCCCUCAGCGCGAGAUGGUUCUCCUGAUCUGGUUCUCCUGACCCGGGAGAAGACGCUCCUCUGCUGCCCCCCCCCCACCCCCCUACUCCCCCUCCCUUUUUAAACAUCAUUUCUCAUAAAAUCAGGCAAGUGGACAGUGGAUACACUGAAAAUGUCCUGGAGGACAGCACCAAAGUCUGUGAUAAUAUCUCUAUUUAUAUUCUAAAUAUUCAGAGAGGCCGCCGUGAUGAUGAAUAAAUAUUUCCCAGAGUUCUUGGGGCUCAGAUGGAAAACGACGCUGACUGUUCACUUGACCUCGCUUUCUGCUUCCUUUCAGUAGGAGAAAGUAUUUGUGAAAGAAAAGUAUUGAUACGCAUGUUUAACUCUAAAGAUUUAACGUUGCUUUUUUCAUGUUUUAUUCUCAAACCUGGACCUCACUGCUCACAGUCGCAUUCACUGACCGACAAAAAACACAGAGAAAUGGACGCCUACGUCAAGAAAAGUUCAUAAUUUUUUUGCCCAGUUUUCCCAGGGAUUAAUCAUUCAGGUUUAAUCUUAAUAAAAC